AGGAGAACCAGGGACGCCUGGUUGUCUCCUGCUGUAAGGGCGCUGGUCGAGUCUGGUUGUUCGAUCAAAAAUUACGGGAAACGCGCCCGUCUGAUUCUGUUAUAGGCUUGUGAAGGACCAAGUGUAGUAGGUGGGUCCUUGUACCUGUAAUAUUUCUGUUAUUUCUGUUAUUUGUGUUUCUGACAUAUCCACUGACGAUGGGACAGACUGUGACAACCCCUCUGAGUUUAACUCUAGAUCAUUGGACUGAGGUGAAGAGAAGAGGUCGUGAUCUGUCAGUAGAGGUUAAAAAAGGCCCAUGGCAGACUUUCUGCUCCUCGGAGUGGCCUACUUUUAACGUCGGCUGGCCCUCAGGAGGAACCUUUGACUUAUCUCUUAUUUUUGCUAUUAAAGAGAUUGUUUUUCAGAGAGGACUGGGAGCCCAUCCGGAUCAACAACCUUACAUCAUAGUCUGGCAGGACCUGGUGCAGAAUCCGCCCCCCUGGGUUCGGCCGUGGACUGCCACAUCCAGGCCCCCGUCUAAUCCUCAGGUGCUCGCUGUCCAAUCUUCUGGUCCCAGAAAAGGGGGCGACAGUUCGGACCCCCCUAAGAAGAUCUACCCGGAAAUCCAGACUGAUCAUCUUCUCCUCGACCCUCCACCCCCUCCUCCCCCAUACCCUCCCGCCUUGGCUCCUGUCGGGGGGCAGGGAGGACCAGCAUCGCCGGAUCCGGCGAUUGCCCCCUCUGCACCCCCAGGGGAACCUUCACUGGGGCCCGCACAAGGUACCAGGAGUCACCGCCGGGGAGGAGUGUCUCCCGACACUACUGUUGCCCUACCCCUGAGGGCAUACGGCCCCCCGCCGGUGGCAACAGAUGAGGAACCACCUCCUCUCCAGCCCCUCCAGUACUGGCCAUUUUCUUCCGCAGACCUGUAUAACUGGAAAACUAAUCACCCCCCUUUUUCAGAAAACCCCCAACGCCUGACUGGGCUGGUAGAGUCCCUGAUGUUCUCUCAUCAGCCCACAUGAGAUGACUGCCAGCAGCUCAUACAGACCUUCACUACUGAAGAGAGGGAGAGGAUUUUAUUAGAAGCUAGAAAGAAUGUACUCGGGGCAGAUGGGCGUCCUACCCAGCUCCCCAACAUCAUCGAGGCUGCCUUUCCCCUCUCCAGACCAGACUGGGAUUUCAACACGGCAGAAGGUAGGGAGCGACUGUCAGUCUAUCGCCAGGCUCUAGUGGCUGGCCUCCGUGGGGCGGCAAGACGCCCCACUAAUUUGGCUAAAGUAAGAGAAGUAAUACAGGGGGCCACGGAACCCCCCUCUGUGUUUCUUGAGCGUCUAAUGGAAGCUUUUAGGCGCUACACCCCAUUUGACCCUGCCUCUGAAGGACAGAGGGCUUCCGUGGCUAUGACUUUCAUAGGGCAGUCAGCUGUAGACAUUAAAAGAAAGCUGCAGAGAAUUGAAGGAUUGCAGGACUAUACCUUGCAGGAUUUAGUUAAGGAAGCUGAGAAAGUAUACCAUAAAAGAGAAACUGAGGAAGAAAAAGAGCAGAGAAAGGAGAAAGAGAGAGAAGAAAGGGAAAAUAAGAGAGACCGAAGACAGGAGAAAAACUUAACACGGAUUUUGGCCGCAGUAGUAGGGGAGAAGAGCCAGGAACAGGUCCAAGGUAGAACUACGAAGUCAGGUAGUCUGAAUAACCGCAUCCCGUUAGAUAAGGACCAAUGUGCGUACUGUAAGGAAAAGGGGCACUGGGCCAGGGAAUGUCCUAAAAAAAAGAAGAAAGAACUCUCCAAGAAAGUACUGGCCUUAGAGGAAGAAGAAGAUUAGCGGGGACGGGGCUCGGAACCCCUCCCCGAGCCUAGGGUAAUACUUAAGGUGGAGGGGAAGCCAGUUGAGUUCCUUGUAGACACCGGAGCUCAACACUCAGUCCUACUUGAACCAUCAGGACCCGUCUCCAAGAAAAAAUCCUGGGUUGUAGGGGCCACAGGGCAUCAGCAGUACUCAUGGACUACCCGAAGAUCAGUAGAUCUGGGAGUGGGACGGGUAACCCACUCAUUUUUAAUUAUCCCUGAGUGCCCUGCGCCCCUCCUCGGGAGAGAUUUACUCACCAAAAUGGAAGCCCAAAUCACUUUUACUCCUGAUGGCCCAGAGGUAACCCAAAAUAAGAGGGUAAUAGCCCUGACCAUGCAUUUAGAGGAUGAACAUAGACUCUUUGAAAAGCAGCGGGAGAAAGGGACUAGUUUCGUAAAUGACUGGCUAGAAAAAUAUCCCGGAGCAUGGGCCGAAACUGCUGGAAUGGGACUGGCUGCAGAAAGGCCGCCUAUAGUCAUAGAACUCAAAGCUACUUCCACUCCUGUGGCAGUGCGCCAAUAUCCUAUGACUAAGGAAACUCGGGAAGGAAUUAAGCCUCACAUUCAGCGUCUCCUACAGCUAGGCAUACUAGUAAAAUGCCAGUCACCAUGGAACACGCCCUUAUUACCCGUCAAGAAACCCGGCACAGGUGACUAUCGCCCUGUGCAGGACUUAAGAGAAGUAAACAAGCGGGCGCAAAACAUCCACCCCACCGUGCCUAACCCUUAUAAUCUGUUAAGCUCUCUCCCUCCAAACCAUAUCUGGUACACUGUCCUGGAUUUAAAGGACGCCUUCUUCUGCCUCCGACUACACUCCUCUAGCCAGAACAUCUUCGCAUUUGAAUGGAGAGACCCGGACUCUGGAACAACGGGGCAAUUGACAUGGACCCAACUUCCACAGGGGUUUAAGAACUCCCCAACCAUCUUUGAUGAAGCCCUCCACCAAGACCUAGCUCACUUUCGCGCCAGCCACCCUCAGGUGACGCUCCUACAAUAUGUAGAUGACUUACUACUAGCUGGAACAACAAAAGAAGAGUGCUAUCGGGGCACAGAACUAUUGCUAGAAGAACUAGCCCGCUUAGGAUAUCGAGCCUCUGCUAAAAAAGCCCAGAUCUGCCAGAAAGAGGUAACGUACCUGGGUUAUGCCUUAAGAGGAGGGCAGAGAUGGUUAACGGAAGCCAGGAAGCAUACUGUGACUCAGAUUCCAGUUCCCCGCUCGCCCCGCCAGGUGCGAGAAUUCUUAGGAACUGCAGGGUUCUGCCGCUUAUGGAUACCGGGGUUUGCUACUCUGGCAGCUCCCCUCUACCCUUUGACCAAGGAAGGCACUCCCUUCGAGUGGGGUGCCAGCCAACAGCGGGCCUUUGACAACAUUAAAAAGGCCUUAUUAUCAGCCCCGGCCCUGGCUCUACCAGAUGUAACAAAGCCCUUUGUCCUAUACGUAGAUGAGAAGAGAGGAGUGGCCCGAGGGGUGCUGACGCAGCCUUUAGGGCCAUGGAAAAGACCGGUAGCAUACCUCUCCAAGAAAUUGGACCCCGUCGCUGGUGGUUGGCCAGCCUGUCUGAGGUCUGUGGCGGCAGUAGCGGUACUGGUAAAAGAUGCAGACAAAUUGACUAUGGGGCAGAAGUUGACAGUCAUUGCCCCCCAUACUUUAGAAAGCAUCAUCAGACAGCCCCUUGACCGGUGGCUGUCUAAUGCCCGCAUGACACAUUACCAGAGUCUCCUAUUAAACGGAGACAGAGUCCAGUUUGGCCCGCCUGUCAUCCUCAACCCAGCUACCCUAUUACCUGAUACUUCUGUCCAGAAAGAUGUAUUACACACAUGCCAAGAAGUACUGGCUGAGGAAACUGGAACUCGGAAGGAUCUCUGUGAUCAGCCCCUGCCGGAUGCCCAGCUGACCUGGUUCACUGAUGAGAGCAGCUCCAUAAUAGAAGGUAAAAGGGUGGCCGGGGCGGCGGUAGUGGACGAUAAGCAGACCAUCUGGGCAAGUAGUCUGCCUGAAAGGACGUCGGCCCAGAAGGCCGAGCUGGUCGCCUUGACCCAGGCCUUACGUUUGGCGGAAGGGAAAAAAGUUAACAUAUACACCGAGAGCAGGUAUGCUUUUGCUACGGCCCAUGUUCAUGGGGCCAUUUACAGGCAGCGAGGACUGCUGACUUCAGCAGGAAAAGAAAUUAAACACAAGGAAGAAAUCCUAAGUCUACUGGAGGCUGUUCACCUCCCUAAGAAAGUGGCCAUUAUCCACUGCCUUGGGCAUCAGAAAGGGGGGUCCAGAGUUGCCGAGGGAAACCAAAGAGCCGACCGAGAAGCUAAGCUAGCAGCUCAAAGGCUCAACAUCCUGCCGCUAUAUGAAAACACUUUAAGGCCUAGCCUUAAAGAAAUAGCACCCCCCCUUGCCAAACACUUUAAAUAUUCAGAGCGGGAUCUUGAGAGAAUGAACAGAUUAGGCCUCCACUUAGAAUCCCCAGAGGGGAUCUGAGAAACUCCGGAAAGAAAAAUCAUCCUCCCUGAAGAGCAGGCGAUCACCUUUUUCAGACAACUUCAUAAAUUAACUCAUUUGGGCCCCAAGCAUCUAAGAACUAUUGUUCAGUCCUCCCCAUACUAUAUUAUGGAAUUAAGUAAACUCGUUGACGCAGCUGCAAAAGAGUGCAGACCUUGCCAAUUAGUAAACACCCAGCCUAGCACAUUACCUCAGGGUAGACAACUCCGAGGAGAUCGUCCUGGGAGCUACUGGGAAACAGAUUUUACAGAAAUUAAGCCGGCCAAAUACGGAUACAAGUACUUGCUGGUGUUCAUAGAUACUUUCUCAGGAUGGGUCGAAGCUUUUCCUACAAAAAGGGAGACUGCUCAAGUCGUAGCCAAAAUAAUAUUAGAAGAAAUUUUUCCAAGAUUUGGGCUACCCAAGGUAAUCGGGUCCGACAACGGUCCCGCUUUUGUUGCCCAGGUUAAUCAAGGUUUAGCCAAAAUCCUGGGGCUUGAGUGGAAAUUACAUUGUGCUUAUCGGCCCCAAAGCUCAGGGCAGGUAGAGAGGAUGAAUAGAACCCUAAAAGAGGCCAUGACUAAAUUAUCCUUAGAGACUGGCAUUACUGAUUGGACAGUCCUCCUUCCCUUUGCCCUGUUCCGUGUGCGCAACACCCCUAGCACUGUCAAACUGACCCCCUUUGAAAUCCUAUAUGGAGCUCACCCCCCGCUUGUUGCCAUGCAGCACCUCCUUUCCCCAGAAUCUUACUCCUCUCAAUCUCUAUACACCAGAUUAAAAGCCCUUGAAACCGUGCACAAGGAGGUGUGGAGCCGGCUGAUCGAGACCUACAAGCCCGGGGAUCUGCAAAUACCUCACCAGUUCCAGGUUGGAGAUUCGGUGUACAUCCGGCGCCACCGGACAGCCAACCUUGAACCGCGGUGGAAAGGACCAUACCUGGUGCUGCUCACAACCCCUACAGCAAUAAAAGUCGAUGGCAUCGCAGCCUGGAUCCACGCAUCUCAUGUCAAACCAGCACCGCCGCCAGACUCCGGGUGGAAAGUGGAAAAGACAGACAACCCCCUCAAGCUCCGCAUUCGCCGCAGUAGCCCUGCUCCUGCUGAUACAACUCCCGGUGAUAAGUAGUUCCGGUCCCAACCCCCAUGCCCCCCAGAGGUUAACCUGGCAGGUUCUCUCUCAGACUGGUGAUGUAGUAUGGAGUACUACAAAAGAAGACCCUCCUUGGACCUGGUGGCCGUCCCUCACCCCAGAUAUUUGCGCCUUAAUAGCAGGGCUAGAUAAUUGGGAUAUCUCCGAUGAGACCUUUAAAGAGGUUCCAUCAAGCCUUGAUCACCAUUUAACAAAGCGCUCACUUACCCAAGGCUCCACAUCCCAAGGCCAGUACGUUGCAGACGCCCCUGGCUGUGGCAACUUGCCCGCCCAGCGCCGGAUGCGACAAACGGAGUUCUAUAUCUGUCCCCGGGACGGGAAAACGAGAAGCCAAGCCAACAGAUGUGGGGGGGUAGAAAAUUUCUAUUGUAAACAAUGGGGAUGUGAGACGACUGGGCAG